CAGCAAAUUCCAAAGACAUUUUGGGUCAAGUAUUGUGGCUGUGUAUCAAGUCAAGUAAUUCUUAAGCUUCCAUGUGGAUCAAGAUGGGAGGUAGGAUUGACCAAAAGUAGUGAUGAAAAAGUAUGGAUAGCCAAGGGUUGGAAUAAAUUUGUACAAGACUGUUGUUUAAGCCAUGGAAAUCUCUUAGUUUUUGGAUAUGAAGGGAACUCUCAGUUCAAUGUUAUGAUCUUUGAGAAGAAUACUUUGGAGAGAGAAUAUCAUUUUAUGCCUAAAACAAGAGACAAGUCUCCUCCAUUACCUUGUUCUUCUCAAUCCCACAAGAAAAGGAAAACCAGUCCUUAUGUUAAAACUGAAGAUGACAUAUGUGGAGAAUCUUCCAUGCCAAGGUGGAUGGAACCUUCAAAUAUUUCAAGGAAGCAAAUGUUGAGAGGAACAGAAAAGGUUGAAGCUCUUAUGAGAGCUAAUGGUUUUAAGUCUGAUGAUCCAUUUUUCAGUGUUCUCAUGCAAGCAUCGUUUGUUGGAAGUUCAUCUUAUAAUAUGAUUAUACCAUUUGGCUUUGCCAAAUAUCACCUCCUCAGUCACAGCAAGCAUCAUGAAGAUGUGAUCCUUAAGGUGGCUGAGGACGAGAGGUUUUGGCCUGUUAGGUGCAAUUAUAGACAGUACAAUGGACACUCACAAAUCAGAUUCGAGUCGGGUUGGAGGGCCUUUGCUAUGGACAAUGAUUUGAAAGUUGGUGAUGUUUGUAUCUUUGUUAUGAGAAAGAACAUUGUGAUAACAUCAUUCGAAGUUACUAUUUAUAAGAAUGGAGUAAGGAAUUCACCUAACUUACCAGCUACUUCAGUACCAACCACAACACCUUGUGUGAAAAUUGAAUCUUCUUUCACCAGCAAUUACGACAAACCAAGCAAGAUUUCACAGGAGGACUUGAUUCCAAAGAAAGAAAUAGUUGAACCUUCAGGACUUAGUAGAUCUUAUAAAGCUGCCAGCCAAUACUUCUCAAACAAUCCUUAUAUCCAAGUGGCUUUGGGAUGGACUGCAAUGCAUAGAAAGAGACUGUAUAUUCCAUUGGCUUUUGCAAGCCUUUGUUUCGAGAAAAAGGCACAAACUGUAAUUCUUUGGGUUGGUGAACAAAAUUGGCGUGUGAAUUUAACUGUUACGAGAUCUCGUUCUGGAUCAGAAUAUCACUUUUCUGGUGGAUGGUCUGCAUUUGCAAGAGAGAAUUGUCUUCAGCAAAAUGAUGUGUGCAUCUUUGAGCUGAUACAAAGGAUUCAACCUCAGAUAAAAGUUACCAUAUUUAGACAAAUUGCUCUGCCUCAACAAUAAUCUGUUGUAAUAAGUUAAAACUUUGUAGCCUAGCCUAAUAGUUUAGCCAGAAUUUUCCCCCGGCUAAAGUUUUUUUUUUUUUUUUACCAACCUUUGAUAUCAAUAUAUAUAGUAAAAAUUGCUACAAAAAAAAAAAAAAUAUAUAUAUAUAUAUAGUAAAAAUCUUCUGUAGAAAUAACCAAAAAUUACUUAAAAAAAAAGUAAAACAAUUUUGAAGUAUAAAACGUGCAUGCACG